AUGCCCCUCAUCGCUCAGAACCCAGUCCCAAGGACAAUCCUUGGGUUAAUGACCUACGGUACAGACGAGUCAGCAGGCGCUCGUAUCACAUCGUUGGAUGAGUUCAACAAGCACUUGGACUAUAUUCAGCAACAAGGCUUCAACGAAGUCGAUACCGCACGUCUCUAUAUUGGCGGAGCGCAGGAAGCUUUCACGGCCCAGGCAAAAUGGAAGGAGCGAGGUUUAAAACUGGCAACCAAGGUCUACCCAACAGCUCCUGGUGUCCAUAAACCCGAUGUUCUCCGUGAGAGAUUCGAGACAUCCCUUAAGGAAUUGGGGACAGACCAGGUUGAUAUCUUCUACUUGCAUGCGCCUGACCGGUCUGUUCCAUUUGCCGAGACAUUAGAAGCCGUUAACGAGUUGCAUAAAGAGGGCAAGUUUGUGCAACUAGGGUUGAGUAAUUUCACAGCGUUUGAACUCGCAGAAGUUGUCACUCUUUGCAAUGAGAGGGGCUGGGUACGACCGACAAUUUUCCAGGCAAUGUAUAACGCGAUCACACGUUCAAUUGAAACCGAGUUAAUUCCUGCCUGCAAGCGCUACGGCAUCGAAAUAGUCGUUUACAAUCCCCUUGCUGGUGGAAUUUUCUCUGGCAAAUACAAGACGAAGGAUAUUCCCGCAGAGGGCCGAUAUAGCGACAAGUCUAAGAGUGGUGCAAUGUAUAGGAAACGUUAUUUCCGGGAUGCCACCUUCGAUGCCUUGGCCGUCAUCGAACCCGUGGUACAGAAACAUGGGCUUACACUGCCUGAGACUGCGCUGCGUUGGGUUCACCACCACUCCAAGCUCAACGUCGACGAUGGCCGGGACGGAAUCAUCAUUGGCGUGAGCAGCUUUGCCCAGUUAGAAAGCAAUCUCAGAGAUGUGCAAAAAGGGCCUCUUCCAGAGGAGGUUGUUGAAGCACUAGAUAAUGCGUGGUUAAUCGCAAAACCGACAACUCCAGAUUACUGGCAUCUGGACCUCAAAUACACAUACAACACCCAGGAGGCGUUGUUCAAACCAAAGCCUAAGGUUUAG